CCCACCGCCGCCCUGCGCCUGCGCUACGAUGCGCCAUAGAGCUGAGCACAGAUUCCUAGAGCGGACAGGGCAAAGGCGGGUUGGCCGGCUAUGAAGUUUCACAGCGGUCCGGAGACCACAUCGAGAUAUUACAGCUCUAGUCAGCACAUUGAUUCCCUCCCAAGCCCAGUGGUGCCCAGUUGCCUCCAGGUCCCAGACCUUUAAGUGGACAAGAAAAGCUUACGGAGGAAAUGGUAAUUCUCCACUUGCUCUGUGAGGUAUCCAGUUGCAGCCCAUGGAGAUCCAGUUCAAUUAUGAAUCUCAGGAACAUCACCUUCUGUCAGAUGGUGAGACCAAGACCAAGAUUGGAAAGCCAGCUUCAGAGGAGGAAAUUACAGCAAAAAUUGAACCAUUGACAGAAGAGUCUAGCAGUCUGAGAGAGAAUGUUCUCCAGGAUUCUGAACUCAGAGAAUUCUGUGAAUUUGGGGAUAAAUUAAAUGAAAAAUAUCAGAACAUCUUUAAAGAAAGACCACAAAACUGUGACAAAUGUGGGCAAAACUUUGUUUUUAGUACAAGCCUUUUUAGGCAUCAGAGAACCCGUUCUGAGAAACCUUAUGAAUGUGAUAAGUGUGGAAAAGCCUUUAGUGUGAGCUCAGCCCUGGUUCUGCAUCAGAGAAAUCAUACUGGGGAGAAACCCUAUCCUUGUAAUUUGUGUAUUAAAAGUUUCCAUCGGAGCUCAGACCUUAUUAAACACCAGAGAGUCCACACCAGUGAGAAACCUUAUAAAUGUGAUGAGUGUGGGAAAGCCUUCAGUCAGAACUCAAUUCUCAUUAUACAUCAGAGAAUCCACACAGGAGAAAAACCUUAUCAAUGCAGUCAUUGUAGUAAAAGUUUUAGCCAGUGCUCAGAUCUGGUGAAACAUCAGAGAAUCCAUACUGGAGAGACACCUUAUGCUUAUACAUGUAACAAAUAUUUUAGUUGGAGUUCUGAUGUGAUAAAACAUCAAAGAAUACACAAUGGGGAGAAACCAUAUAAAUGUGAUGUGUGUGGGAAAGCCUUCAGUCAGAGCUCAGAUCUUAUUCUGCAUCAGAGAAUCCACAAUGGGAAGAAACCAUAUCCAUGUAAUCAGUGUGGCAAAAGUUUCAGUCAGAAUUCAGACUUUAUUAAACAUCAAAGGGUCCACACUGGAGAGAAAUCCUAUAAAUGUCAUGAAUAUGGGAAAGCUUUUAAUCAGAACUCAGUCCUUAUUUUACAUCAGAGAAUUCAUAUUGGAGAGAAACCCUAUUUCUGUGAUCAAUGUAGCAAAACCUUCAGAAGACUUUCAGAUCUUAUUAAUCAUCAACGAAUUCAGACUGGAGAGAGGCCUUACUCAUGUAAUCAGUGCAAUAAAAUGUUUUGUCAAAGAUCAGAUCUUGUUAAACAUCAGAGAAUUCAUACAGGUGAGAAACCCUAUGAAUGUGAUGAAUGUGGGAAAGCCUUUAGUCAGAGCUCCAACCUCAUUUUUCAUCAGAGAAUCCACACUGGAGAGAAACCUUAUCCCUGUAGGGAUUGUACUAAAAGCUUUAGUCACGGUCCAGAUCUUGUUAAGCAUCAAAGAAUACACACUGGAGAGAAACCAUAUGCAUGGAAUCAUUGUGAUAAAAGAUACAGUCAAAGCUCAGACCUCACUAAACAUCAGAGAGUACACUCUUAUGAAAAGCCUUAUCAUUGUAAUAGUUGUGGGAAAGCCUUCAGUGAGAGUUUUGACCUUAUUCUUCAUCAGAGACUCUACAAUGCAGAAAAACCAUAUCCAUGCACACAGUGCAGCAAAAGGUUCAGUCACAACUCAUAUCUCAUUAAACAUCAGAGAAUACACACUAGGGAAAAACCAUAUAAAUGUAAUGAGUACAGGAAGGCUUUCAGUCAGUGCUUAGCCCUACACUAGAGAAUCCACACUGGUGAGAAACCAAAUCCAUGUGAUGAAUGUGGCAAAAGCUUUAGUCGGCACUCUGAUCUCAUUAAUAAUUGAAAAAUACACACUGGUGAGGUGAAAAGCCAUGUAAGUGUGAUGCAUGUGGGAAAGCCUUUAGCACAUGCACAGAUCUAAUUGAGCACCAGAAAAUCCAUGUUGGGGAGAAACACCAGUAUGUUCAGUACAGCAGAAGUUUUAGCCAACUCUUUGAACUUACUAAUCAUGAGGAAGACCACUGUGGGGAAUACAGUCAAAAUGUGAUGAAUGUGAGAAAACCUUUAGUGCAUACGUCAUCUCUAUUCAGUACCAGAGAUACCAUACUAGGAAAAAAUCUAAUGAAUGCUGUUGAUUAUUGGUGAGUACGAAAAAGGUUUUAAUCAGUGUUGAACCCUUACACAACAUUAAAACCACACUGGAGCCAGGCAUGGUGGCUCACACCUGUAAUCCCAGCACUUUGGGAGGAAGAGGUGGAAGCAUCACUUGAGCCCAGGAGUUUGAGGCUGCAGUGAGCUAUGAUCACACCAUUGCACUCCAGCCUGAGCAACAGAGAAAGACUCUAUUUUUUAAAAAACACUAAUACCACACUGUGGAGAAAACUUUAAUUCAGUUUUUAUAAUGAAAGUUUAACUCAGAGCUCAGACAUUACUAAAAUUAAAAAUUCUGCUUGGCCAAUAUGUUGAAACCCUGUCUCUACCAAAAAAUACAAAAAUUAGCUGGGCAUGGUAGCAUGUGCCUGUAGUACCAGCUAUUCCAGAGGCUGAGGCAUAAGAAUCACUUGAACCUGGGUGGUGGAGGUUGCAGUGAGCCAAGAUACACUCCAGCCUAGGCGACAGAGUGUGACUCCAUCUCAAAAAAAAAAGAAAAAGAAAAACUUCAGAGUCCUGUUAGUUGUGGGAAAACCUUCAAUGUAAGUAAAAUUUUUACUGAAUGUCAGUAUACAACAAUAAAAACAAACUUUUAUCUUUUCUAUAAUGUUGUAAAAGCUCUAGUCUUAUUCAGACAUAGCCUACAGGAGGAGAGUUGUAUUGUAAGAUAUCUAUAGAUAUCUAUAACAAUAUUAACACAGAACUUAACAGAUAUUGUAAAAAUCAGUGUGGGGAGGUGGUCAGAACUCAGAAGCAAAUGCAUUAUUGUUAUAAUCUCAAACCUUUAGACAGCUUAAAUCAGUUGCAUAUCAGAAAUUAUUUUAGAUAAUGUAGGGAAAACUUAAAUCACCUCUAGAUCUGAAGUGGCAUUUAUCAUAAUAUGACACCCCUGACAGCUAGAGCCUUACUAUAUGCUAAUGCUAGAUAUCUUUUUAAAUUCCCUGUGUGUGAACAUGCUAUACUAUUCUGGUAUUAAACUUGCUAAGUACGUAAUUCCAGUGCCCCUUUUUCUCAGAAGUUUUUUUUUUUUUUUUUUUGCUUUUAGUUUUGGGGGAAUCUAGUUUUCCAAGUGCACAUUAGUUUGUUCAAGUUCUUGUAAUGUUCACAGCAAAUAUGGAUUUAUUUUGCUUUGAAUAAUGCAGCCCAUAAGCUUUAUUGGUUUGAAAGUUCUCACUACCAUUUAAUCACAUCUUCUAAACAUGUAAAACAGGAUCUUUAAAAAUUAUUUCCAUAUGUCAAAGUAGAGAUUUUUCUAUCAGGAUUUAUCUUGUCAUCUAUAGAUUGAACAAAAAGGGGUGGGUGUGAUAUUGUGAUUUAUAAUAAGAAACAUAUAUUUGUUCUUCAUCCCCUGGUACACAGCUCCUAAAACCCUUGAAAUUUCCUGAGUGGUAAGAGUAAUUAAGAUGACAAGCCCCUUUAGCCACAUCUGAGUUUAUGUUAAUGAGAUGACUUUUGGAAAGAGAAAAACCACAGGAUGGGGGUCAGUUGCCAUGGGAACCAGCCAUGUAAUUAGAGGGUUGGAACUUUCAGAUCAACUCCACCCUACCUGCCCUCUAGGUGGAGAGAGGCUGGAGACUGAAUUUAGUCACCAUUGGCCAGUGAUUUAAUCAUUUAUGCCUACAUGAUGUAGCCUUCAUAAAAACCUAAAGGACAGGAUUUAGGGAACUUCCAGUGGAGGUACUAGGAGGGUGACAUACAUAGGAGGGCAUGGAAGGAAGCUCAGUGUUCUUCCCACACACCUUGCCUUAUGCAUCUCUUUCUUCUGACUGAUCCUUUGUUGUGUUCUUUUACAAAGAUCCAGUAAAUAAACUUUUCCUACAUUCUAUGAGCCAUUCUAGCUAAUGUUGGGACCAGCCCAGACACAACCUAGGAAGUAAUGAGGGUCGGCAGAGACAAAUUAAGAGACAAGAGUAAGAGUGCAUAAAGUUGGGUCCCAGGGGGCAGACACGAGUAGGAUGAUGCAAAGGCCCCGAGCACUGGUGACCCACACUAUUGAGUGUUUAACCAAAGAAGCAUGUGCUCAGGGAUGUGGGGGGUGAAAAGGAAGCGAAGCAUCAAGCAGGUGAUCUAUAGCUGUAGCAGUUUGGCAUUGCCUUUGAAGGUAUAAAGCUUACUCUACUUAGAUAGAAUCAGCAAACAGAUGGGGGAAAGGCUGCAGCUGGAGCCAGCAAGUCUGACCACAUUCUGGUGCUUCAAAGAGGUCUUCCUUGCUCCUUGCUCCAUGCUCCUUUGAGCAUGGAGCAUGGUCUUCCAUUCACUCCCAUCCUGUGCCAGAUAAACAGGUCACAUGCAUCAGCCUUUUUUCACAAUGCUCACACUCAAAGAGGGGAUUGUAGGAACCUUGGAUUAUAUUAUAGCCAGUUGGUCAGAAGCACCAGUGAAAAUAUGAACAUGUGAUUGUUGUCUGAAAUGCAGAUUGAUGUCCGAAACUGACAAAAUUGGUAUCAGUUGUGGAACUGAGCCCUUAACCUGAAGCAUCUAUGCUGAUCUGAUUCCAGGUAGAUAGUGUCAAAAUUUAAUUAUGGGCACUUAGUGGAUGUCCACAGAAAAUUGGAGAAUGGCUUGGUAUGGGGGAACCUCAUACACAUGUGGUGUCAGAAAUGUUGUGACUAUAGAGAAAACAAUAAGUUUUUCCUACACAAUAGCUAUAGUACCUACAUGAUUAAUUUGUAUAGUAUAUUCUGUUUUAAAAUAAAAAGACUUUGAUAUUUUUUCAAGUGGCAACAUCAGACAUUUUUAUUUCUGGCAUACAUACUGAAAACAGGCAACAUACUUGCAAAGUUUUCGAGUGAAAAAUAGAAAUAGUUUGAAAAACUAAAUUCAAAUUGUCUUUCUGAUAAGUUCUGCUACUAAAUAAUACUACAACAUUGUUUACUUUGUCCCCCAUAAUUGUCCAAUUAAUAUUUAAUUAAGUAGACAUUGUUAAAUUCUAUUAUUUUCUUAGGAGUGUGAUGCUAAGGCAAGGCAUUUUGGGAGGUUUUGUAGUACAUAAGAAGAAUAUACUAUCUCUUCCAAUAAAGUGUAUAUUCUAUAGUGAUAGAGACUAAAAUGUAUGCUACAUGUCACUUUGAAUUCUGGUAUUUAUAUAUGUCUAUAUAUGUAAACAUAUUAAUUUCCAAUGAUAUUUUGCUGCAUUUGCCAGUAUGUUUAUAUGAAAAUUUUGGUCUUGGAAAAUGGUAGGUGCUGUAUGGCUUGUUAUUUGGGUAUGUGUAUUUAUUUGUAUAUAUUUAUGUAUUUACCUUUGUAUUAACUUGUUUGGAGGUAUACUUAUGUCAGUGUAUGAGAGUACAAUUUGAUGCAUGUAUGUUCAGUCCCCAUUUGUAUUUAAGAAUAACUCACAUUGCUAAAGUUAUUUUUCAGAGUUGAUUUUUUUGGCGUUUAUGGUUGGCCCUGUCUACACAUUCUGCCUCUGCAAAUUCAGACCAUCUAUCAAAAAUAUUCAAGAAAAAAAUAAAAAAUAAUAAUCUAACAAUAAAAAAUACAAAUUAAAAACCAAUACUGUAUAACAACUAUUUGGACAGCAUUUACAUUGUAGGUAUUAUAAAUAAUUUAGAGGUGAUUUAAAGUAUUUGGGAGAAUCUAUGGGUUAUAUGCAAAUAUGAUGCCAUUUUAUAAAAGUGACAUGAGCAUCCAAGGAUUUUGGUAUCCGUGAGGGUUCCUGGAACCAACUAGUCCUCCAGAGAUACCAAAGGAUGCUGUUUUAAAAUAAAGCUACUUCUUUCUUUA